AAAGCAUCUGCAAAACUUUGGGUACCCUGCAAAGUUUAUAGCAUGCACCACCCCCUUUGGAAAGCUGAGACCUGACAGUGUCAUGGAUUGUUCACAAUCAUCAGGCAGCAUCACCAGGUGAGGUCAAUCUCAAAGGUUUUAAAUGCCCAGACUCAUCUGACUUUGCCCCAACUAUUCCACUAUAAAGAGAUACUUGUACAAAUAUAGUCUUCAGAAGAGACCAUCAGAAGAAAACCUCUUCUACAUCCUCACCACAAAAAUCAGCAUUUGACGUUUGCAAAUGAACAUAUAGACAAGCCUGAUACAUAUUGGAAACAAGUUCUGUGGACCGAUGAGGUUAAAAUAGAACUUUUUGGCCGGAAUGAGCAAAGGUAUGUUUGGAAGAAAGGGCACAGAAUUUAAUGAAAAGAACCUCUGUCCAACUGUUAAGAAUGGGGGUGGAUCAAUCAUGCCUUGGGGGUUGCAUUGCAGCCAGUGGCACAGGGAAUAUUUCACAAGUAGAAGGAAAAAUGGAUUCAAUAAAAAUUUCAGCUAAUUUUGGACUCUAAUUUGAUGCCAUCUGUGAAAAAGCUGAAGUUAAAGAGAGGAUGGCUUCUACAAAUGGAUAAUGAUCCUAAACACACCUCAAAAUCCACGGUGGAUUACAUCAAGAGGCGUAAACUGAAGGUUUUGCCAUGGCCUUCACAAUCUCCUGAACUCAACAUAAUUGAAAAUCUAUGGAUAGACCUUAAAAGAGCAGUGCAUGACAGACAGCCCAGAAAUCUCAAAGAACUGGAAGACUUUUGUAAGGAAGAAGAUACCUCAAACAAGAAUUGGAAGACUCUUGGCUGGCUACAAAAAGCAUUUACAAGCUGUGAUACUUGCCAAAGGGGGCAGUACAAGGGGUUAACUCUGCAGGGUGCCCAAACUUUUGCAGACGCCACUAUUUUGUUUUCUGUUAUUUUGAAAGUGUAAAUGAUAGAAAUAAAAUCUAAUUUUUUUUAAUUUUUUUUUUACAUAUUAUAAGAAUGUCUGUAAUCUGUAAUCUGUAAUUUGAUGCCUUUUGGAGAUUUUUCCAUCUUUCUUUGGCUUCUUUAUGCAUUAAUACAAAUUUUUACCUGGGGUGCCCAAAUUUUCGAUCCCCACUGUGUAUCUCAUAAGCAGACACUUUACACCAAAAUUCCGAGUAACCAGGACUCGCAUUUUAAAUUAAAGGAAUAUGAACCUUGUCUGUCAUAAAAAUAUACACACGACUGCAGCAAAUCUAGCUCUGUCUUACAUACUUUUUAAAUGGAAUGACAACAGCAGCUGUUUCUUUGGAAAAACAAGCUCUUUCUUCACUAACCCUAACCCUAACCCUAACCCUUCCGUAACCCUAACCCUAACCCUACCACUAAAGGCAUGUAGUAUAAAUAAAUACUUUACAGACACAUAAAAAACGAUGCAAACAUAUUGUGACAAAUUACAGGAAUCAGACACAUACAUAAAAAAUCAUAUAUGGAGAGUGCUGAUAAAGAACGAUUUGAUGUCAAACUCUUAUUUGGAGUCGUAAAUGUAUAAGCUAUUAAGGCAGCGGAUCAGACUUGUUUGUGUUUGUGAAAUAAGUAUUAAUUUAUAGAUUCUGUUGCCACUGCAGACCAUGAAAAGAAGGCACUGUGAUUCUCCUGUAAUGACUAUGGACAGUGAAACUGACACAAAUUCAGACCAAGAGGACAUCCCUAAAAUAGACCCAACUAUUUUUCCAUGGCACUUUGAGUCCAGUUCAACAUCUGACACAGGGCAUGACAAUGAGAUGGUUCUUUCUGCUCUUAUUCUCUCUGUUGAUCCUCUUUCCUUCCAUAUCCCCCUCCUCCAACCAACAUCUUUUAUGCAGCUAGAAAAUGGUGCAUACUUUAAUGACAAAUAAAGCAAAGUAGCAUUUAUGAUGUAAACAAAAGGAAGUUUGAGAGAAUGCACAUUUGAUAACAGAUCAUUUUGGACAGAAAUGACUUUGCGAAAAACAGUGGCUAACUUUCUCCAAAGCUUACACGGGACCUUUAAACACACACAUCUUUUCAAAUCACAUGAAAAUAUUUGUUACAUUUUCGCAGACUGAGGAGCCAGGGUCCAACAGCUUGAGUACAGGCCCUCUUGCUGUGAUACUCUUCAUCUUGCGCCACCAUCUAAGUGCGGCUGUGGUUGAAUUAAUGGCUCUACUGAAUUUUCUCAGCCCUGACCUGGCCCUCAUAUCUAAGUGUCUCUCUGAUAAGGUUCCUGCCUUGUUUACUGUGUUUUACUGCCACGUCUGUCAAAACUACAUGGGAAAAAAUCCUGACGACUGUCUCUGUUUUCAGUGUGACACAAUGUUCAACCAAAAAAACAGCACUAAAAGUGGACACUUCUUUUUGGCUGCGUCAUUGAAAGACCUUCUAAAAAACGUCCUUAAAAGUCAUGGCACUGAGUUGUUACCUAAAACAGUCAACCAUGGGAGUGACAUUAAAGAUGUGAUGGAUGGGAGAAUGUACCAGAAUCUACUCAAACAAGGAGCAUUGGCGGCAGAUGAUAUAACACUUACAUGGAACUGUGAUGAAGUACCAAUUUAUAACUCAGCCAUGAACUCAAUUUGGCCUCUUCAGUUCACUAUUAAUGAACUUCCUUACACACAUAGAAAGGAAAACGUAAUAGUUGCAGGACUUUGGUUUGGCCCAGAAAAACCUAAGAUGAACACAUUUCUAAAGCCUUUCAUAGAUGAAUGUGGUGACUUAGCUCAAAAUCCCUUCCAGUGGAAAGACAGCAAAGGCAAAGUUCACUCCUCAAAAGUCUUCUCCUUGGUUUGCUCCUCUGAUGCCGUGGCAAGGCCACUCCUUCGAAACUGCAAAAAAUUCAAUGGUGAAUAUGGUUGUGACUGGUGUUUACACCCUGGCAUGAGUGUCACAAAAGGCAGAGGACACAUGAGGUCCUACCCAUAUGAUGAAAACAAACAAGUAGCGAGGUCAAAUGAAACAUUUAUAGAUGAUGCAAGACAGGCUGAAGGCGUAAACUCCUCAAAAAAUGGAGUGAAAGGAUUUUCAUUGCUUUCCAAACUUCCCUUGUUUGACAUAGUUUUUGGAUUUGUACCGGAGUACAUGCACUCAGUUCUACUUGGUGUGUCCAAACAACUUAUGUCUCUGUGGUUGGACCAGGAAAACUCUAUGAAACCUUGGUAUGUAGGUCAACAGAUUUCAGAAAUGGACUCCCGUCUUCUCUGUCUAAAGCCACCGUUAGAAAUAACCAGAUCUCCGCGAUCACUGAAGUGUAGGGACACUUGGAAAGCAUCAGAGUGGCGAGCAUUCAUUUUAUUUUAUGCUAUUGCUGUCCUGCCCGGUAUCCUGCAUCCUAAAUUUCUGGUACAUUAUUUUUACUUGUCAUUUGGUGUUCACAUUCUUCUUCAAGAAUCAAUAUCACAGUACGACCUUCAGCUAGCCCAUGAGUACUUUGUACGCUUUGUAGAAGACAUGAAAGAACUUUAUGGUGAAGAAAAUGUCUCUUUCAACUGCCAUCAGUUAAUCCACUUAACUGAAAGUGUUCUGAACUGGGGGCCUCUCUGGGCAACAUCAGCAUUUAGUUUUGAGAAAAACAAUGGAAAUUUAAGGGCUCUCCUUAAAGGCAUAAAUGAUAACCCUCAGCAAAUUUAUCAAAGGUUUCUCACUUGGCUGCGCUUACCCAGGCACCUUAGUUCUUCAGUUUUUAACCAGCAAUCAGAUUUUGUUGAGUUGUUAGCCAAGCUGACAACAGUAAAUGAUACCAGUGGCUCUGACAAACCCCUUGGAAAAUCACAUCAGCUGGAUCUCGUGGGAUCCACAAAACUAGCAGUACAAGAGCUCCUAAAUCGAACAGUUCUUGUCAAAUCAGUAGAAGCUUAUGACAGCUUCUCUAAAGGACACAACGUUUAUCACUCUACAAACUCUAAGGAGUCAGACAAAACAGACUGUAUUAUUAAACUCAAGAACGGCUGCUGUGGAGAAAUACAGUCGAUUUUACUUUUCAAAGAAAACUGCAUUUGUCCAUCCAACUGUUCAUGCCAGGCUAUUCCAAUCAUUGUGGUGUACCAAUAUGACAUCAAACCUGAUACAUGGCCCAGCAAAAUACAUCCCAACAACACACAAAAGACUAUCUUUGAAAGAGGUGCAAAGGCAGAUCAACUCAAAGCCUUCUUCUUAGAGGAUAUCAAGUGUAAAUGUAUGUGUGUGGAUGGCUGGCUUGUGCCUCUACCAAACACAUACGAGAGAUAUUAGAGUCACUGCAGGGUAAAAGAGGAAGCAGCAGCAAAACCGGAAACAUUUGCCUUUUUGAUAUGGCACUUAUCUUAAACUUAGAAUUGCAAUCUGUGACUAUGUACAGUAGAUGUAACUUGCCUUGCCAUUAGCAUCAACGUCCCCCCUGUGAUUCCUUGUGUUUUUUAGUCACCUAUUUUUAAGUUUAAUCUCUUUUCUAUGCUAUGCCAAAUCACAAAGGUUCAAAAUAAUUAACUACUAGUCCCUGGGCAUUGUCUUUGAUAUGUGAUCAUCUUUAACUGGUAAUAACAAUAUUUCAUAACAGCAAAUGUCAAAUGACAUAUCUGUCCAUAACUGGCUAAAAAUAUUAAAUAGACAUUUAGAUAGGUUUAGAUAGAUUCCAGAAACAUAUAAAUGUACAGACACAUGUAAAUAUCUGAUAUUUUAUAUUUUAUUUUAGUUUUAAUCUUAUUUUAUAUUUUUCAUUUUCUUUUCUUGGUUGGGAAAUUGCAAGCGCAAUGUCUGUACGAAAAUAGAAUUUCUGUCUAUGAAAGCCGGCUGUGACAACAUAUUGACAUUAUAUUGUUACAAUAAUAAAUAAAUGCAAAAAUAGUCACUAUAACUGUAUUGAAAGUACCACUGUUCACUAUUAUUUGGGAAGGAGCCUUAUAUUAGAUUGGAUUAGAUUCAACUUUAUUGUCAUUGCACAUAUACAAGUACAAUGCAACGAAACACAGUUUGGCAUCUAACCAGAAGUGCAAUAAGCAGUAAGUGCCAGGUAUACAGUAAUUUACAGAUAUGUUGGAUAUAUAUGUUACUCCAUGUAUAUAUGUUACUCCAUGUGAUCUUACAGUGAGACAGAACAAACUGUGCAAAUUGUUCACAGUGCCCACUGUGAGUAUUUUUCUUGUAAUAUGUAUUCUGUUGGACAUACAAUAUUGUUAUUAAACUCUCACUGCUUGAA